AAAUUACCGAUCGGACUAGAAAACAGUAUCCGGAUGGUUCGUAUCCGGAUAUGACAGACGACGAAGAUUAAUAAACGAGUAUUGGAAAAACACGACCACCACCAACUUCUAAAAACAUCGAUUCGUCGAUUAAAAGGUAUGUUGAUGGUUCCAAAAGUCAGGGAUGAACAGACACCUCAGCCAGUGCAUCCGGUUGUUCCUGUCAUUGACCGACAAUUCAAUUCAGAUGCCAUGAUUCUUGGAUUUAUGGCUGAACAUGACCUUCCAUAACCCUGGUACCACAUGUAGUGAGUCUUACUUAAGACUCUUGCCAAAGAUACAAAAGCUCUCAGCGAAUUAAAACUUCAAAGGUGUACAGCAUCAUAUAAGAUGACUUCCGGAGAGGCAAGCCAUUUCAAUGAUGAACUUGUUGAGGAGUUAAGUGAUACUCGGUGUGUGCUACUGGACACCUGUAACAUCAUGAGGAGAAAAAAUCCAGCUUUGAGACCAGAAUACGUCAACAUGUCCCUCACCUCAUAGACAUUGAUGGUGACACAGCCCGCCAUGUCCACAACGGUUACCCUGCCAAAGCAUUUACAAUCCCAUUUGGAUAUUACUUGGAAUUCCGAAUAAUUAUUAAUAUAAUAUAUAAUAAUUAAUAAUAUUAUAUUCCAUCAAAUGUGCAGAUAAUGGAAUAAAUACUCUUAUGUCUGAUAUAUAAAAUUUGAAUAAAUAACACUUUACAAUAAACAUUUGCAAGCUUGAUAUUUGAUAUGUUAUUCAUUAUUAUUUAUCAAACAUCCCACAGUAUAGACUAUUCAUACACAGGCAUGUGAUCAUAGCCAGUUGAGUUUUAUGGGAAGUGGACAACUGAACCAAAAUGUCAGGGCUGUUCACGGGCUCGAUGAGCAGUUUCAGGACUUGAAGUGCCCAAUAUUUCUAGGUUGUCAGGUGACGGCUUCAGGGCUCAGCAAUGCCGACCGGAGUGAGGCUAAGCGACUUGUGGAGAAAGAAGGGGGAACAUAUUCCGGGGAGAUGAAGGUCAAAGAAUGCACCCACCUCAUCAUAAACCAACCUAAAGGCCAGAAGUACCACUUUGCCAAGAAGUGGGACAUAAAGAUCGUUCGGAGCGAGUGGCUGUACGAAUCCAUAGAGAAGGGCUUCUGCCAGGAGGAGGAGGGGUAUGGACUGGAGGAUGGGGAAAAGGGGCACAUGCAUACAUCCACGCCAGAGAGGACAGGGGUCUCAGCUUCAGGGAUAUCUGACAUCAGCAAUAUUUCCAUGAUAUCGAUGGUGAAUGUGAACGAAACAGCCAAUGUCACAAAUAUGACCCGCUUGGAGCCUGCCGACCCCACCCAUGGGCUUGACCUAACGAAGGUGCCCACUGACACGUUCCUAGAUGAAUGUAAGAUCUAUUUGAGCGGAUUCAGGGGAGCCCAGCUGGAGAGACUGAGGAAGAUCAUCAAUGCAGGGGGAGGGACAAGGUUCAACCAAGUAACAGACAACCUUACACACAUUAUAGUUGGGGAGCCCAUACCGGCAGACAUCGACAAGAUCAAGGCUCUCAAUCACAGGCCAACUGUGGUGAACUGCCAGUGGCUGGUGGAAUGUUACCAGCAGGAAAAGCUUGCACCAGAGGCGGCGUAUAUAAGCAAUAUAUUACCCACUGCCAAGCCGAAAACACCUCCACCCAAAAGCAACCGUCGAGAGUCACGAGUCCAAGAAGAGAAGUUGGUUACAGAGCAGGUGGCUGGUAACCAUGGUGAUGAUAUGGAGCACAUCAUGAGUCAGUACAUGAACAACACGGCACAGGAGCAGCCCGAGCCUGCAGGAGGUAGUAACGAUACGACGAUGGCGCCACCUAUGGAGGUACAAGACAGGGGAAAAAAAAAUUCAGGCCCUGAUGCAGAUAACACUACAGCAUGCGGGGAGUUGGAGUGUGUGUUUGAGGGGCUGACAUUCGUGCUGUAUGGGUUUGAGGAGGAGUCGUUACUGACCAUUACAACCUACAUACAGGACAGUCGAGGUGUAAUUCUGCAGGCCAAUGCACGAAGGAUCCCGGACUAUGCGGUGGUCCCUAUAGAUGGCUUCCCUGUAGAUCGUACUGUGAACAACAUCGUGACCAAUGCUUGGAUUCAAAUGUGCCUGGAGCAAGGUCAGCUGCUGGAUGUACAUAGUAACCCACUGUUCAAUCCUCUGGAGAUCAUCACGGACACACAACCCCUUCAAGGCUGCGUCCUGUCUGUGAGUGGGUAUGUAGGCACAGAGAGAGACACACUGGCUAGCAUUGCUGAGGUCCUCGGAGCAAAGUGUCAAAUGUAUUUUGUGCGUGCAGCCAAGAACACCCUGCUUCCCAGCACGCACCUGAUUGUGUCUGCACCGGAGGGAUCGAAAUAUGAGGCCGCAAAAAAGUGGGGCCUUCCUGCUCUCUCUAAAAUGUGGCUUUUAGCAUGCGCCAAGUCUGGGAAGAAGGUAGAGGAGGAAAAAUACCUGAUAGAAAAUGUCUCUAGUGAUAAUCAGAUGCUUACUCAAACACAAACCAGUCCAAAUACCAGUCGCCAGUCUGCUGAGGAGAAAUUAAACCAGUCAACAGGAAGUGCUUCCUCUGACAAUCAAAACCAGUCCAGAGCACCUGCAGACUUUGCGCAGGUAAAGGAGGACAAUGCUGCCCCUGACAAUGAUGAUGAUGAUGAUGACACAACUGCAGAUCCAGAGGAGAUUGAUGGUGCCAAUGAUGUCAGUGAGGCUGAAAGAAGUGCAAUUAAAGAUGGUGAUAAUGACGCUGCUGAAAAAACAAGGACUGGAGAACCUGAUAUCUCCAAAAAGUCAGAGUCUAACAUAGACUUUACACCUUACGAAGAUACAGAUGCAAUGCUUAUGGAGCUCAAUACUCAGAAUGAUAUUACAAAAGAGACAGACACAUCAAAAGCUGAUGUGAGUGUUAAGUUAGACAGAUCUGUGAAGACAACGAACCCACUGCAAGCCAAGUCGAGCCCUGUAGCAGACUUGAACAAUCAGCCCAGAAGCAAACAGGUGCAGUCUGUUAAAAGUGUAGACGCUACCAAGAAAACUGACACUCCACCUUUGGAAAGAUUCAAAAAGAAGUGGGGAGACAAAUCAGAUCUUACGGGAACGCCGAUAUUGUCCGACAAAUCUGCAUUUGACAAGUUAAAGGAGAUGCCGGUGCCACGACGUAACUGGCGUUACGAUGACUGGCAGACAAGGAAUAGCACAAGUCAGAAAGAAAAUGUAGCAACUCCGGAACCAACCAAGGCUAUCAAGGAGCUGAGGAAAGCCGGAACCAGUAAGGAAGAAAAAGUGACGCCCAGCAAGUUCCUCAACCCAAACGUCAGAUACAUACCAAAGUUUGAAACAGAGGAGUAUUUGAAGUCGCUUGUCACGCCAGAGCACAUACGAGACAAGAGAGCGAAGGAGAAAGUCAAACACAGGAACAGUCUGGAUGACGAUGCUUUGUAUGAGGUCAUGAUGACACGCGCAGAAAAGAAUAUCGAGCAACGUCGCCGUGAGAAAGAGGAGCACGACCUCCUAUCACAGCGAACACAGGACGAGGUGGAUGGGGAUGUGGAGGAAGUACCCACAGCUCUAGUGGGCGUGGUUAUUACAGUCGGGCGUAGGCUUGCCAAGGACCAGUCAGAGUUUAAUGAGAUAGUUACCUCCCUUGGUGGAGAGUACCGCUGGACGUUUGACAACUCGUGCACUCACUUCAUAUUUCAGGGUCGACAAAAUGACACAGCAAAGGAUUUCAAGCAGGCAAAGGCUAACGGCCUUAAACUUGUAUCCCCACACUGGCUAUACAUGUGUAAGGAGCAGAAUGUGAGGGUGGAUGAGUCGCUGUUCCCUCACACUUUCAACCCAAACCUCUCACUGUCUGUGGUUACAAAGGGAAGAACACCACUGAGGACCCCGAGAAGUACGAGACGAAAUGCCCGGACAAAUAUGGAAAAUUCUGCCAAAGCCAUGAAAGAACCCAUAGUUAUCUCCCUUGACAAUGACGAAAAAUCCCCUGUAAGAUUGAUUAGUGGCAGUUCUUCAAAUAAGGGGAGCAACUCAGCAGGAGGUAAUAGCGAUAGACCAAGAAGGGGAGGCAAAUCACCUGUGAAAAAUUUAGUGGAGAAAAUGGAUAGCCCUUCGAAAUCUUCAUCAGACGAGGAAAAGCUACAGCCACAAGAUACAGGUGGUUCCCUUGAGAUGAGGGAGACAUUGUCUAAACACCUGGAAGAUGUCAUGGCACAGAACAAAGGAAAGAAACGAAGAACAAGAAGUAAAAGGCUUAAUUGCAGUGGACAGCUGAGUACGCCUGAAGAUGCCGUAUCCAGUGGGAGAAAGACUCGUAAAACUCAGGAGGCUGUGCAAGAUGAUUCUGGCAGCAAGGGCAAACCCAGUUCCGCAGAUGGUAAAUCUAGGGAGGAGAAAAACUCAGUAGAGAUGGCCCCUUCCCAGUCAGUACAUGUUGUUUGGGAUGACCCCAUGGGCAGGCUUGAACAGGAGAAGCUAGCCCUCCAGCUGGAGCGGGCCAACAGCCCAACUCAGGACGUGAAUGGGCUGUACGAUGUUGACCCGCCAGAUGCCCAGUACUCUGAUACAGACGAUGAAGAACCCCACCCACCAGUCCCUACAUUCCAACAGAAACAGGUUGAAGAGAAGAAUACACCAAAGCAGGGAAAACAGGGCUCAAACAAAACCCCGACCCCUGAUGGACCAACUAUAGCCUUCCCUGUCAACAAGCCUGCACGGGUGACUCCACCACGACCCGUCGAGAUGGAAUCACGUGAAGAGGAGACGCGUCCGAGAUCCCCACCUGUGAUCAUUAUGUCAGGCCUUGAUGCUGCUGAGCGGGACACAUAUGGGGCUCUAGUGGAAGAACUAGGUGGAAAAGUGCUGGAUUGUGCACAAUUUAACAAGGCCUGUACACACCUUGUUAUAAACAAGAUAACACGGAACGAGAAGUUUCUGGCAUGUAUUGCCUCGGGAAAGUGGGUACUGCACAAAUCAUACUUUGACGCCUGCAGGGAGGCAGGGAAGUUUGUUCAGGAGGACUUCUAUGAGUGGGGUAACGAGGGAACCAUGAGUCUGGUAAAGAAUAUGGAGAGUACAGUCCGCCUCCUUGCAUCCGCUGCUCAUGACUGGAGGAUAAAAACACAUCAACAGAGACUGAAAUCUCCUGAAUGUUGUGGGGCAUUUUCCAGUUGGCGCGUGAUUCUACACUGUGAUCCAGGAAGAGAGGGGAGCUUCACUCGAUUACUGGCUGCUGGUGGAGCCACUGUCCUCAAUGUCAAGCCUCCCUACCCCUCAAACCUAGAGGCGACCCACGCCCUAGUUGAGCUUCACAAACUGCCUCUCUCCGAAACUGAUCUCGAGAAACUCGUGUCUUGGGGCUGUCUCUGUCUCCUGCCCGAGUACAUCAGUGGCUUCCUGUGUAACCCGGACGUGGAUAUCGCCAACUAUGUGCCGCCACAGAUACAGGAACUACAGGCUAGGCUUCUUGGUACUAGCAGCAAGAAACGGAAAUGUUCGUCAACAGGAGUCUCGCAGAAACGAUCAAAGCGCCGAUAAUCAAAGACUUCCACUUAUUUAAGUGCCUUUACAUGUGAUUAUAAUUAUAUUUUUAUCAAAUUUUUAUGUUCUUGAAUGGAGCAUAUAAUUAUACUAUAUACAUCACUGUUGAAAUAUUAUUUCAUGGUUAUGCCUGUUUUGUGUUGUAGACUUGUGUAAAAUAUUGACAAUAAUUACAAAGUGAAAAAUACCACUGUACAUUAUCUAAUGUUAACAAGGAUAUUAUAUUUUUGAAAUAAGAACUCCUACUUAAAAUGAUUGCAAAAUUAAUUAUUAAAAUCUAUUUUUUUGUAUGGUACAAGAUCAUGCUGUUAUAUCUAAAAGUUAUCUAUGCAAUAAAGGGAUUCAGUUAUU